UUAAAAAAAAUACUCAGGCUACGGUAUGGAACAUCUGCUGAACUACUUAUUAGUCGCAAAUUUUCCGGCCGGUAGGAGGUUUGCGCUUGCGAUUCAUUAUCAACGUUACAAUGAAGUUUCGGAUCGGCUAUUGUGUGUUGCUUUUAACUGUUAGUACCUGCAUUCGUGGUUCAAUAUUCGAUGACGCAAUAUAUAUACAACAUCAUCGAAGAACACCGGCUCUGUUUACACUUCUUCGCAAAUACUCAUUGUGGCCUCCAAAUCCGGUGAUCGCGGAUCCGGUUUCAUACGAUUCUUCGACAGAUACACAGCCCUUCAUUGUAGGAGGGGACUCAACCGCUAUCGAGCUGUAUCCCUACCAAUUGUCGCUGAGAAAUGGUGGAGUACAUAUCUGUGGUGCUACGAUUAUUGCAAAUAAAUGGGCUCUUACCGCAGCGCACUGUCUAGAUGAUGGAAGUUCGGCUUCUUGGAUAACAUUUCGUGGUGGUAGCCCGCAUAGGCUGGCUGGUGGAUAUAUUUUUCAUGCAGUGCAGUUGAUUCUUCACGAAAAAUAUGAUUCCGAAACAUUUGUCUACGAUGUGGCGGUUGUACAAAUUGCCGAGAAUUUUUUUGUAGACUCCCUAAGUGCAGCUUCCUUAAUAGAUAGUAGCAUUACGGUGAGCUGUCCGGAUGAGCUGGCAGUGGUAAUUGGAUGGGGCAUGGAUGUGAAUGGCUAUAUACCGACCAUUCUCCAAGAGCUUCGAGUGUUGAUUCAGCCGACUGAUAUUUGCCGAAAAAUGUGGAUUGAAAAGAUUACUGACAGUAUGAUAUGCGCUGGAGGUGUGAUUGGCGAGGACACCUGCAAUGGGGAUAGCGGAGGACCACUGAUAUGUGACGGCUACCAGAUGGGUAUUGUGUCAUGGGGAUCCACAGCUUGUGCCAUUGCUAUGCCAGCAGUGUUUACCAAUAUUGCCGAUCCUGAGAUUCGCAGCUUUAUUCGAGAAAAUGCCGGCGUAUAGAUAUGCCGGAAUCAGAUGACCAACUUUUUAUGAGUACAUUUUAUCUCUAGGAAUAAUAACAGGUGGUGGUUGAUAUGGCAUAUAAAUAAAAGAAUGUAAAC